AUGCAAUGUUGAUUUGUGUGAAAUUUGUGAUUUUCACCAAAAAUUGUCUGUGAAAUUCGAUAAAAAAAAUAAGGACAAAAUUGUAGGUCAUUUAUACAUAUACACGAAAGGCUGUGUAUUUCAACCCCUCAUUUUUAUGUUACAUGUGUUACGUGUGUCUAUGUGUUGCAUGACAUGCCGGAAUGGAAUUCUAUUUUUGGUUCCAAUGUAUUGGUUUAUGUUACGGUGAACUAUCGAUUUUCUCAAGGAAAGCGGGUUGCAGCAGUUAUAGAUAAUUUCAGUAAUGUGAUGUGAAGAUUUGUUUUGAAGAAAUUAGUCAAAUUACUGUCGGCGAAGUGUUAAUUCGUUACAGCACAUUGUAUCAUUGGAUACAUUGGGAACUGACUCUAUUCAAUUGGUAAUGGGGGAAACCUCCCCACUGUCUGGAUAGAUGCAACAACCCCAACGUUACAUACCAUCGGUAUCUGAUCUAUAUGGAACGGAUGAAAUAGAAUUUCUACUGGACGAAAUACGAGACCUCGAACCGGCCUGCUGUCAACUAGACGAUGUACAAGAUUUCGAGAUAGCUGGCAGCAGAGCCGGAGAAUUGUCAUUGUCGUUGGAAUCACCGCUGGGCACAGUCACCUCAUGGGACUCACAUGUACAUUACAAACAUCGGAUGGGUAUGACGCCGGCCCCAUGGGGUGUUGCAUUGCAUUGUGAUCCACAACACUUGAAAACUCCUACAGGGAUUGUUAGAAUACUUUUGGUGUUAUCUUCAGCUGCUUGUCUUGCCUGCGAAUGUUCAGCGGGCACAGUACAAGUCGGACUAUUUUUAUUACCCUUAAUUGGUCGAUUGAGACUUAUGGUGUUUUGUGCCCUUUUUUCACUUUUAAUAACGUGUUUGAUGCUAUUUUUGGACAUCUCACACAUUGCACUUAUGUUUCCGUUUAAUUGGGGGAAAGUGAAUGCGUACCUCUAUUUAAGUGUAGGAUUAAUAUUUAUCUUAGGAUCGUCUCUUUUGUUACACAUGGUUUUGUUUGCCGAUGCGUUUCAGUGGGUACCUCGUCAUACGAAAGACACGUUGUUUAUAUCAGCCAUAAUUGGUUAUGUGUGCUCGAUCGAAGCUAUGAUAUUGUCAGGAAUUGCCUUAUAUCCAAGAAGGAAGUAUCGACCAGUGCUUCAGGAUGACGAAAGUGAUCUGUUUCUGGACGGCGGUCGCGAACUGAGUCCCAUGAGUCCAAUGAGUCCGAUGAGCAGUACAGACGUACCGAAUCACAAUCAAGUAAGCCAAAGCGACGGAUCGAAUCAUUAUCAAUAUAAUAAAUUAUCAACAGCGUGCAAUCAAAAGCCUUAUAUACCUGCCAAACGUCCCGAUCAGGCGAACAAUAAACGACCAACGUUGGGUCACACACAAAAAUCAAAUAAUCGGUAUCGAGAAGGCUAUCACUAUCAACCAAUAGCGUCAACUUCUCAGCAAAGUCCAACGUUCGUUUUAGACGAUGCUAUACCCGGACCAUCGUCUCGAUCGAACGAAAGUGCGUGAUAGUCUCAUGUUGUUAAUUAAUUUAUUGAAUUUACUGAAUUACAAAUUGAGUUAAAAUGUUUAAUUAAAAAUUGAAUUAAAGAAGGAGAAAAUAAUUAUUGAAACAAAGAAAGAAAAAAAAAUAGAAAAAAUAAAAUGGAAAAGUUUAAAACAAAACAAAAAAAAAAUUAUAUAAUCAAAUAAUGACACCCUAGAUUUUCGUAUUUAAAACAAACAAAAAAAAUAUAUAAAACAAAGUGUAACAAAGACAACCUAAUGUAUAAUCCUAUAAAACUUGUAAAUAAACGACAAGACAAAACCAGAAAAAUCAUAUAAAUCCAAACAAAAAGCUAAUUUAAAAAAAAAAUACAAAAAAAUGACAUCGAUAUGAAGAAAACCAAUCCGUUUUUGACGAAAAAUUGAACUUUGUUUUUGAGGAUUAAAUUGUGUGUUCAUUUCGCACAUAUGAUUAUACUCUCGACACACAAAAAAAAGAAGAUAAAAACUCUAAUUGAAAAUGUAUUCUAACUUCACUUUAUAAUUCAAAUCCCUUUUCAAUGAAUUCAUUUACUAGAAAUAAAUUAAUUUUAACAAAUUUUCUCAUCUUCGAAAAAAAAGACAGGAUGAUUGGAAACGUUACCGUUGAGCGUUUUUUCAUUCAAAAAAAUGUAUUUCAUUUGAGGGUACGCGCCCGUUCGUCAUUAGAGAGUUUUCGAUGACAUUAUGAAGCUUUCGAAAGAUAAUUUUGUUCUCACAGGUAUGUUCUUACAAGGACUGUAUGACCUUAGCCAUCAAAUACGUUUUAGAGUGAAAUAUCGAACCACUGCUAAGUUUGACUGGGCUACUGUUCUCUACGUGCACAUUUUAAGAUAUUUUAAGAUAUUAAGAAAGUCGCACAAGAAAUGAUAAUCUUACCACGUCGGUGAGUUAUAUAUUCGAUACACAUUGUGCAUGUGUAGUGUUCAUUAGUCUGUAAUUCGGUUCUGAUUUAACUUUCGCUUAAUUUAACUGCUCAAUUAUCCGAUUUUGUUAUUUUUCUCUUGAACUUUCACCUUAGUUUGAUGAUUACAAUAAAAC